AUGUCACAGACCGCGGCACGCGUUCUGACCAGUGGCAUGCGUCUUCCGCCGCUUCCUACCAUUCGGGACCUGGUGAAACUCUACAAACUACAGGCCAUGAAGCAGUUAAGUCAAAAUUUUUUAAUGGACGAGCGCCUAACGGAUAAAAUUGUCAAGUCGGCAGGCACCAUAGAUCGGCGUGAUAUCGUCCUCGAGGUAGGACCUGGACCAGGCGGCAUAACACGUUCAAUCUUGCGUCGUCAACCACAGCGAUUGAUUCUAGUCGAGAAGGAUCCGCGUUUCAGAGAGACAUUAGAUCUGCUGAAAGAGUGUGCUCGUCCCCUAGACAUUCAGGUGGACAUCUACCAUGAAGAUAUAUUGCGCUUUAAUAUGGAUCAACAUAUUUCGGAUACCACACAACGCCUUCAUUUAAUAGGAAAUCUUCCUUUUGCUAUAUCCACUCGCCUGCUGAUCAAUUGGUAUGCCGAUCUAUCGAAUCGCCGCGGAGCUUUUCGCCGACAGGACACCUGCAUGACUCUAACCUUCCAAAAGGAGGUGGCUGAACGGAUUUGCGCCCCAUUGGGUAGUGAGCAGCGUUGCCGCUUGUCAAUUAUGUCACAAAUUUGGACUGAUCCCAAGCUAAAGUUCAUCAUUCCCGGCAAGGCGUUUGUCCCAAAGCCCCAAGUUGAUGUGGGUGUGGUUAAGCUGAUUCCUUUAAAGCGGCCCAAGACGCAGUUGCCAUUUGAUCUGGUGGAGCGAGUGAUGCGACACAUUUUUAGCAUGCGACAAAAAUAUUGUCGACGAGGAUUUAGUAAUUUGCUGCCACCUGAACUACGUGAAGAGCAAACCCCUGAACUGUUCCGUAGAGCGGAUGUGGUUGAUACAAUGCGUCCCUUCGAACUGUCCGUUGACGAGUGUGUCCGCCUGGCCGAAGUGUAUGCCGAGUAUAUAAAAUCAAAUCCGGAAGUUGCUCACUAUGACUAUCGUGCGCCGAAGACAAUGACUUCAUCAUAUACUUCUCUAUAA